AUGUCGAUUCUGUACGAAGACGAAUACGUCCGUCUCGGACAAUUCACACUUUUCGUCAAGAACUAUCACUUUCCGACCAAAAAGACAAAGACCGUCUCGUUGGAGGCCAUCACCACUCUUUGGUUUGAGGUGGCGAAUCGGAUGAGAUCUUUCAAGUUUAAUUCAGUUUUUCUCAUUUUCAGGAGCAAGAAACGUGCAAGAGCUCGACCACAAAGAUCUGGGGAAAAGCGUCGGCGGCGAGCAUCUACUGGGCUCUCGACGUGAAACGGUGAGCUGCUCAAAUCCGAUUUGAGGUGUUUGAAACGCGGGGGAGAUCAUCAGGCACUUUAGGCGAACACUUAGCAGAUCUAUAGAGUGAGCAAUGACGACGAUUCUUCAAGACGAUUUAUCUCAGUUGCCGGUAGAGAUAUCGAAAAGAUGUCAACUGCUAAAAUGCUCAUUAAAAUGUUGUUUACAUUCUAUUAGUUGACCAUUUUUUAAUAUCUCUUCAAUCAACCGAGACAAAUUGUUUUGACUACUGUAGGUUACGAACGAUGAGAUUUUCGGGUACAUAACAUGAUUUCUAGACACGGAAAUUGUAUAGAUAUAUAUAUCGGAAAACAGGGUAAUUAAAAACAAAAACAUAGACUGUUCUCUGAAUAACAUAACAAGAUGAAAGAAGUACACUAACUCAGAACUACAGUAGUAGAGUACCGUAAAUACUGUGACAGAAUGGCACCCCAAUACCGUUCAUUUGAAACAACGUAUCUUCAAUGUCAAUAAAGAUAUCAAAAAGUUGUUAAUUAAUAAAAUGUAGAGAAUUUCUCAAUGAACAUUUUGUCAGUUGACAACGUUUUGAUAUUUACACUGGCAGCUAAGAUAUAUUGUCUUGAAUAACCAGUAUUAUUUACAAGAACCCUAUCCAUUUUCAGCUCUCUCGGCGGAAUUUCGCCUCGCUCGGCGGCCAAAUCGAACGUGGUGGUCGAGGUGGGCGCGAAACUUCGCAUCGGUUUCUCCGUGGAGAACAUUGACGAAUUCAUGGACGCGAUCCGAACCCUCCUCGACUACCACGUCAUCAUCGUCAACUACAUCAAUCUGCCGUGA